ACAGAGUUCUCAGAGCAGCAAUUCAUGAAGUGGGUCAAGUUUGUUGGCAGUCUGAAACACUCUCUGUUCAAGGCUGCAAAGAAUAAGCUCUUCCCUUCUUAUACAAUCACUGUUGCCAAGAACCCAUCUGCUGGAGACUUUACCAAAAUUCAAGACGCCAUUGAUUCUCUUCCUUUUAUCAAUCUUGUGAGGGUGGUCAUCAAGGUCAAACCAGGAGUUUACACGGAGAAGGUGAAUAUACCUCCAUUAAAAUCGUUCAUAACCAUAGAAGGAGCAGGAGCAGAUAAAACAAUAAUUCAAUGGGGAGACACAGCUCAAACUCCAGGAGCAAGAGGCCAACCUAUGGGCACCUACAAUUCUGCUACUUUUGCUGUCAAUUCCCUUUAUUUUAUAGCCAAAAACAUCACAUUCAAGAACACAACGCCAGUUCCCGCUCCAGGAGCUGUAGGGAAACAAGCAGUGGCGUUUAGGAUAUCAGGCGACACAGCAACAUUAUUGGGUUGUAAAUUUUUAGGAGCACAGGACACUCUGUAUGAUCAUCUGGGUAGACACUAUUACAAGGAUUGUUACAUUGAAGGCUCUGUUGAUUUCGUCUUUGGCAAUGGCCUCUCUCUGUUUGAGGGAUGUCACGUGCAUGCAAUAGCACAGAAUGCAGGGGCACUAACAGCACAAGGAAGAAGCAGCAUACUAGAAGACACUGGGUUCUCCUUUGUGAAUUGUAAAGUGACAGGUUCAGGAGCUCUGUACUUGGGCAGGGCUUGGGGUCCCUUCUCAAGGGUUGUCUUUGCUUAUACUUACAUGGACAACAUUAUUCUGCCCAAGGGCUGGUAUAACUGGGGUGACCCCAGCCGUGAAAUGACGGUGUUUUAUGGGCAAUAUAAGUGCACAGGACCAGGAGCAAGCUUUGCAGGGAGGGUGUCUUGGUGUAGAGAACUCACUGAUGAAGAAGCUAAACCUUUCAUUUCUCUUAGCUUCAUUGAUGGCUCUGAAUGGAUCAAAUUAUAA